UUCCACGAAAAUCUCAGUUUUAAACACACACUUGUUGCAAAUAAUAUCAAUCCCAAUCUUUCAAUAGUUUAUUGUUUAAUAUUAUUAUAAAAUCUACCAGUAAAUUUAUAAAUAAUUUUAAAAAAAUGGGUGACGAAGGAGAGACAUCAACAAGACCUAAAAUUUGUAUGAAAAUUUUAAUAGCAACUGAUUGCCAUUUAGGUUAUGAAAUAAAAACAAAACGAGCACAAGACAAUGACAGCUUUAUUACAUUUGAAGAAAUACUUGAACUUGCUGUUAAGCAUGAUGUUGAUUUUGUUUUACUUGGUGGUGAUUUAUUCCAUGAUGCUAAACCUUCACAAAAAGUCAUCCUGGAAUGUGUAAGAUUAUUAAAAAAAUACUGUCUAGGAAAUAGGGAAGUUCGACUUAACUUUGGAACAGAUCCAGAGCUUGUGUUUGCUCAUUGUGAAAAGAAAAUGAUUAAUUAUGAAGAUCAUGAUAUGAAUAUAAGUAUGCCAGUCAUGACAAUUCAUGGAAAUCAUGAUAAUCCAAGCUUUGAAUCAACUGGUACACUUGAUAUACUACAAGCAUCAGGUUUAAUUAAUUAUUUUGGUAAAUGGAAUAAUCUCAAGCAAAUAAAUAUUACACCAUUGUUAUUUGAAAAAGAUGGUGUUAAUAUUGCAAUUUAUGGUUUGGGUUAUCUUGGUGAACAAAGACUCACAAGAUUAAUUAAAGCUGGACAGGUUAAUUUUCAAAGACCUCAAAAUGGACAGAGUUAUUUUAAUAUUUUGGUAAUUCAUCAAAAUCGUGCACGACAUUCUGAGAAUAAUUAUGUUUGUGAUGAUUCAUUUCCAUCAUGGUUUCAUUUUAUUCUUUGGGGUCAUGAACAUCAAUGUUUAAUUCAACCAGAAAAAAUUACUCUUCCUGAUGAUGAAUCUUAUUAUAUUUGUCAACCAGGUAGUUCAGUUGCAACAUCACUUUGUGAAGGUGAAGCUGUACAAAAACAUGUUGGAUUAUUAAAAAUAAAUUCCGAGCAACAAUUUAGUUUAAAAAAACUUAGAUUAAAAACAGUAAGACCAUUUUAUAUGGCUACAUUAACAGUUUCUGAAUUGAUACAAAAAGGAUAUUGUGAAGGAGUUACUGAAGAAGCUGUUUUGAAAUAUGUUGAUGACUACAUUGAAAAUACAGCAAUUCCAGAAGCUGAAAAACAAUUAACAGGUCAUCCACAACAACCAACUUUGCCUCUUAUUCGUUUGAAAAUUAAUACCAGUGAGACUUGGCAUACAUUUGAUACUAUGAUGAUUACUAACAAGUACCGAGAAAGAGUAGCAAAUCCAAAUGACAUAAUAUUAUUUCGUAAAGAAAAAAAGUAUACAAGUGUUAAGAAUGAAUCUGAACGUCAAAAUGAUUUGGGUGAUUUAUUAGAUGAUGAAGGAGAUGAUCAAGACCAUAGAAUGAAUGUUCAAGGAACAAUUAAAAGAUUAUUUGGAGCACAAAAAUAUGCCAUGAAUAUAUUAUCACUUGCUGGUUUAAAUGAAGCAUUAGGAAGAUGUGUUGAUACAAAUGAUGAUAAUGCUUUUAAUGAUAUUGUCCAGCAUCAAGUUUCAAAGCAAGUCGAGCAUUUAAUGACAAUUGAUGAUGUAUUUACAAAUGAUGAUACAAAAAAAGUUGUAUUAAAACAUCAACGACAAAAGACUGAAAAUAAUGAAGAAGAAGAAUUACGUGAAGCUAAUAAUUAUUUAAACAAUAAGGAUCAAAGAGAAAUUUUACGUAAAAUAGUAGUUGAAGCACCUGUUAAUCAAGAUGAUGAUGAUGAUGAUGACGUAGAAAUGAUUGUAACAACAAAGACACGUGGACGUGGACGUGGUGCACGUGGUACUAGUAAACCACGAGGAACAAGUCGAGGUAGAGGAAGAGCUUCUGCUGCUAAAAAUGCUCUUAAUAUAACAACAACUGCAUCAACACCAUCAAAAUCACCACCACCAUCUACUACUCGAGCCAAGCCAGCAACAAAAGUAAGUCUGUUUGGCAAUACCACCACUUCUCAAAGUCAAAGUUUGUUUAAAACUGCAAGUCAAGCAAAAAAUCGAAAUAUUACUUAUGUUGAUAGUUCAGAUGAUGAUUAAAAUUUUCGACAAACAUUUUUCUAUUAUUGACUGAUUUAAUGUUUUUUUAAAAUAUU